UUUAACUUUGACAUUCAAUUGCAUUCUUCGAACGAUAGACACGUGCAUCUCUGAUUCUAAAUAACAUUUCGAAAUUUUUGUUCAUUUUGUAAAUAAAUUGGUGGUAAAAUAGAAAAUGCCGAAGGUAAUAGCUGAGAAAAAGCACCGAAUCCACCAGGAUGUGCAAAAACAAGGAAUUGUCUUCAAUAAGGAUUUCGGUCAACACAUCCUCAAGAAUCCGCUUGUUAUUACGAGCAUGUUGGAAAAAUCAGCAUUGCGACCCACAGAUGUUGUGCUGGAAAUUGGUCCAGGUACUGGUAAUAUGACAGUGAAAAUCUUAGAACAGGCAAAAAAAGUGGUUGCUUGUGAAAUCGAUCCGCGGCUGGUGGCUGAAUUACAGAAGCGUGUCCAGGGCACACCGUAUCAAUCGAAAUUAAAUAUCCUUAUUGGUGAUGCAUUGAAAUCAGAAUUUCCAUUCUUUGACAUUUGCAUUGCAAACGUACCGUAUCAAAUCAGUUCACCGCUUGUAUUCAAAUUAUUGCUUCAUCGGCCAAUCUUUCGAUGUGCAGUACUAAUGUUCCAGCGUGAAUUUGCACAGCGUCUGGUUGCCAAGCCGGGCGAUAAACUCUAUUGUCGCUUAAGUGUGAACACACAAUUGUUAGCUCGUGUCGAUAUGCUCAUGAAAGUCGGAAAAAAUAACUUCAAACCACCACCAAAGGUCGAAUCAUCAGUUGUACGAAUUGAACCGAAAAAUCCACCGCCAGCUAUAAAUUUCACCGAAUGGGAUGGCCUAACGCGUAUUGCAUUCACGCGAAAAAAUAAAACAUUAGCCGCUUCGUUCAAACAAUCAUCAGUUUUACAGGCACUUGAAAAUAAUUACAAACUUCAAGCUUCACUCAAAAAUGAGGAAAUCAGUCCGGAGUUUGAUAUUAAAGAGCUUGUAGAAAAAGUAUUGCAAGAGGCGGAAGCUGACCAGAAACGUGCCCGCACAAUGGAUCUUGAUGAUUUUAUGAAUUUAUUGUACUGUUUCAAUAAACAUGGCAUUCAUUUUAGUUAGAUUA